AUGCAACUUUCGUCACUCAUCGGCCUCGUGGCCUUGGCCACCUCCAUCACAGCCCAGCAGGACACCGCCCCAAAACCUUGCGCACAACAGCUGGGAUUAUACAACGGCUGCGUCGCAUCCCACGGCGGCACCGGCGGCUGCCACGCAGCGCGACUCAGCAGGGAAGAGAAAAAGGAAUGCACCAAGCGCUGCGACGACAACGCCGGGUACACGCUGUGCACCAAGGAGGCCGCGUGCAAUACCAAACACGACACCUGCGUCAGCCAGUGCAACACUCAUCAGGACCAAUGUCUCGUCAAUGUACGCGCCAAGUUCGGCCCUCAAGAGACCGAGUAG